CAAGUCGACGAGUAAACCAACCAAUGGUAUCUAUGUAUUUAGGAGAGGCGGAAGUUCCGGAUGGUAGUAUUCACUGAGGCCUCCUCAUGUGGUAUUGAGUAGUGUAAUACAGAGACUGAGUUGUAACAUCAUUGUAAGACAGAAUGGCUGAGAAUGAUGUUGACAGUGAGCUCCUUGACUACGAAGAGGACGAGCCUCAAGUAGCUACUGAGACCGCUGUCCCACCCGGCAAGAAAGAUGUGAAGGGCUCCUAUGUCUCUAUUCACAGCUCUGGCUUCAGGGAUUUCCUGCUCAAACCAGAACUACUCCGUGCCAUUGUGGACUGUGGCUUUGAGCACCCUUCUGAAGUCCAACAUGAGUGCAUACCUCAAGCCAUUCUGGGCAUGGACAUCCUGUGCCAGGCCAAGUCUGGUAUGGGCAAGACUGCAGUGUUUGUUCUUGCCACACUACAGCAGAUUGAGCCUGUGGAUGGACAGGUCUCCGUUCUGGUAAUGUGCCAUACCAGAGAGCUGGCCUUCCAGAUCAGCAAAGAGUACGAGCGCUUCUCCAAGUACAUGCCCACAGUCAAGGCAGCCGUGUUCUUUGGAGGCCUCACAAUCAAGAAGGACGAGGACGUGCUGAAGAAGAACUGCCCCCACAUAGUGGUGGGGACGCCUGGUCGCAUUCUGGCCCUCAUCCGUAACAAGACACUCAACCUCAAGAACGUUAAGCACUUUGUCCUGGAUGAGUGUGACAAGAUGCUGGAGCAGCUGGACAUGAGGCGUGACGUACAGGACAUCUUUAGGCUCACGCCCCACGAGAAGCAGUGCAUGAUGUUCAGCGCCACACUCAGCAAGGAGAUUCGACCCGUUUGCCGCAAAUUCAUGCAAGAUCCCAUGGAGGUGUUUGUGGACGACGAGACCAAGCUGACCCUGCACGGCCUGCAGCAGUACUACUGCAAACUGAAGGACAGCGAGAAGAACCGCAAGCUCUUUGACCUUCUUGAUGUGCUGGAAUUCAACCAGGUGGUGAUCUUUGUCAAGUCAGUGCAGCGUUGUGUGGCCCUGUCUCAGCUACUGGUGGAGCAGAACUUCCCUGCCAUCGCCAUCCACAGGGGCAUGGCUCAGGAGGAGAGGCUGUCCCGCUACCAGCAGUUCAAGGACUUCCAAAGGCGAAUCUUGGUGGCCACCAACCUGUUUGGCCGAGGGAUGGAUAUCGAGCGAGUCAACAUUGUCUUCAAUUACGACAUGCCCGAGGACUCCGAUACUUACUUGCACAGGGUGGCCCGUGCUGGCAGGUUUGGAACAAAGGGCCUGGCGGUGACCUUUGUGUCAGACGAGACGGACGCCAAGACCUUGAAUGACGUGCAGGACCGCUUUGAGGUGAACGUGGCCGAGCUGCCCGAGGAGAUCGACAUCUCCACUUACAUUGAACAGUCCAGAUGAGUCCUCCAUCCAAGAGGGAAUGUCGCCAAACUCCAAAUUGCUGUGUGUGGAUUGAAAAAGUGAUUAUUUUAAAGCUCUACUCCUUGACUGUGUUUGUAUGGAAAAUUUCAUCAAACUUUGAAAUAAUGUUUGUCUUGGGGGGGGGGG